AUGGGUACCAGAAACAGAGCAUGGUUCUUCCUUUCUGUUCUGUUUCUCCAUUUCUUUCUCAGUACCUGUAUCUCUGUCGGAGCUAGCACCCUCUCUGUUGGUCAAUCUAUUUCUGCAGAUCAGUCCAUGAUCAUAGUUUCUGAAGAAAAUGGGAACUCCGAAUUGGGUUUAUUCAAACCAAAUGAUAACUACUACUAUGUUGGUAUCUGGUACAGAAAAGGGGAGAAGGAAAUCGUUUGGGUGGCAAACAGAGAUAAACCCCUCUCUUGUAUGGAUUCCUCACAACUUAAGCUCUUAGAGGAUGGAAAUCUAGUAAUCCUUGAUCCAUCAAAUGGCAUUAUCUGGUCGACAAAUUUGAUCUCCACAUCCUCAAAUUCUAUGGAGGCAGCACUUCUUGACUCUGGAAAUCUUGUUUUGAGAGAUGUUUUGAAUUCCUCUGUUUUGAUGUGGGAGAGCUUUGAUCACCCAAGAGACACUUGGUUGCCGGGUGGAAAGAUUGGGCUAAGCAAGCUCACAAAUAAAUCACAGAGUCUCACUUCAUGGAGGAAUCCAACGGAUCCUGCUCCUGGGCUCUAUUCUUUAGAGCUAGACCCUGCUGGAAGCAAUCAGCUUGUUAUAUUGUGGAAUGGGUUUGUGAAAUGGUGGUCAAGUGGGAGAUGGAAUGGUAAUAAUUUCAGCUUAUUUCCUGAAACAAGUGGUGACAGUAUCUUCAAUUUCACCUAUGUUUCGAGCCAGAAUGAGAACUAUUUUACUUAUAAUUUGUAUAAUUCCUUUAGUUUCUCAAAAAUUGUCAUUGAUGUUUCGGGGGAAAUGUAUCGAAGUACUUGGGAUCAACCAAAAACAGCGAAACCACUGUGCUGCAAUUAUUCUUGUGGUGCUUUCGCUAACUGCCGUCAGCAAGCUUCGGUUUGGUGUGGGUGUCUGCAAGGUUUCCAUCCAAGUCAUGCUUUGUCUGGUGGGUGCAUGAGGAAUACCCCACUGCAAUGUGUGAACAAUGGUCCUGUAAAUUGGGAGAAGGAUAGGUUCUUAAAGAUGUCUAAUUUGAUAUUGCCUACAAAUCCACAAUUUUUGGCUGUUGAGACUGCUCAAGCCUGUGAAUUGGCUUGUUUAAACAACCGUUCUUGCAAUGCUUAUGCAUAUGGUGGUGGUUACUCUGUAUGGGUAGGACAUAUCUUGAGUCUAGUACAACAAUCAGAUGGUGACACAGGUGGACAAGACCUAUAUCUCAAACUUGCUGCCUGUGAGCUUUCAACUUCCAGAGGUAACAAGAAGGGAUCAGCUAUUGGAGCUAUUGUGGGCGCUGUUUCAGGGGUUUUAGCCCUCUUCAGUCUUCUGGUGGUGCUAAUAUGGACAAGGCAGAGGAGUUUAGUUGGACCUUGGGAUGCAAAUGAAGGUUUUUUGGUUCCAUUUUCGUAUAGAGAUCUACAAAUUGUGACCAAGAACUUCUCCGAAAAGCUGGGGGCAGGAGGAUUUGGUUCUGUUUUUAAAGGGACAUUGCCUGACUCGACUGUUGUAGCCGUGAAAAGGCUUGAAGGCCUCAAUCAAGGAGAGAAGCAGUUCCGAACUGAAGUAAGCAUGGUUGGUACAAUUCAACAUGUUAAUCUUGUUCGCCUCCAUGGAUUUUGCUGUGAAGGUACUAGAAGGUUGCUGGUCUAUGAUUUUAUGCCCAAUGGCUCUUUACAUUCCCAUUUGUUUCUUGAAAAACAGGACCCUAAGCUUUAAUCUCAGUUUGGAUGACGACAGUAAGGUGGGGUUGGUCGCUGAGGGUGCAAUUGGGCAUGUUGUUGUGGCCUUGUAGGAUAGGACUCCCAACUGCCGGGCUCUUGCGGCCACCAUUGUCAUGAGUUUGGCGGUAUUGGAAGUCAACAAAGCCACCAUUGGUGUCUACCCUUCUGCCAUUCAUGCCUUGGUAUUGCUCC